UCGCCCUUCUUCAACAAGCUUUGUCUCGUUGCAUUACCCUCGAUACUUUUCCGUUCAAAGCCAAUUUUUACAUGAAUCUAAACUUCAAGACUUAGAGCAGUUGUUGAAAUUUAAAUGUUUGCUCGUAUACCGUGGUAGCGUGGUGUUAGAUACUGUUGUUAUAGUAUUUAAACGUGGAGAAUGAGACACCCCCCUGAGACAAAUAUGUUUGGUAUGUAAUACGGGGGCACUAGUCAAUAAAGUACAAGUACAUGGCAAAGGUUGUGGAUGGAUGGCAUUUGUGCUAAAACAUAGCAAUUUUCGGUCACUUUCUAAAGCAAGGACUGUCGUACAGAGACAAAUCGUGAAAAAAAGCAGCAUUUACGAACGUCGUGAUGCGACUGCAAUAAAUUAUUGCGUGAAUCUCGUAAGGCAUCAUGAUUAUGAAAACUAUCUGUGUUGUUUGCUGGUGAAGAAGCAAAGUCGAAAUGCUAUUUUUGCCAUCAGAGCACUGAAUGUUGAACUUGCAAAAAUAAGUGACUCGACCACGGUAGAAACCAUUGGCAAGAUGAAGCUGAAGUUUUGGAGAGAUACUGUACAAAGUAUUUACACCAAGGGUUCUUGUCCAGACCACCCAGUUGCCAAAGAGCUUCAAAAGGCUAUUGAGCUCUAUGGACUGUCAAAACAUUGGAUCAGCAGAAUACUUGAUAGUAGGGAGGAAAAUUUACACUCAAAUCCUUUUACAAACAUGGAGGAACUCGAAGCUUAUUCUGAGAGAUCCGUUUCGUCUAUUUUGUAUUUGUCUCUCGAAGCUUCAGGUGUGAAAGAUGCAAAUGCAGAUCAUUGUGCAAGUCAUCUGGGAAAAGCGAUGGGAAUUAUCACUUUACUACGUUCCACUCUUCAUCAUCUAAAAUCUAGAAAAGUUUUAUGGCCAAAUGAUAUUAUGAUAAAGAACGGUAUUUCACAAGAAGACAUGCUACGUGGCCGAAAUCUACCAGCAAUCAAAGAAGCCACGUAUGAAAUUGCUUGCCGUGCGCAUGCUCAUUUAGAUAAAGCAAAGACUCUUGGUAAAAAUAUUCCCAAACUCGGAUCUCGCUGUCUUCUCCCAAUUGUACCGUUCAACACUUUCUUGGAAAAUUUACGGCAAAUGGACUUCGAUAUAUUUGAUUCAAAACUUUAUCAGAGAAAUGGGAUUUUACCUGUUCUAUUAUUGAAAGUUUUGCUUAUGGGAUCAUUUGGAAGGUAGCGCCAUUGAACUAAUUUAACUGGUUGGCUACUUCCCGCCAAAAUUUGUAGCCAGCAAUUCAACUAGUCCCAAU